CCUUUGAUUCCCACCAUUUUCCACCACAAGGGUGUCCAGAAGGUUCAGAGAUUUUAGAGAGAACAAACAACAAUGGCUGCUACAUCUGGGGCUGUACUAAAUGGAUUAGGCUCUUCAUUUCUUUGUGGGGGAAAGAGGAGCCAAGCCCUUUUGGGUGCUAGCAUUGGGGCCAAAGGCUCGCCCUCCCCUGCUGCUGGAACUAGAAAGUUGAUCGUUGUGGCAGCCGCCGCACCUAAAAAGUCUUGGAUCCCUGCUGUUAAAGGUGGUGGCAACUUCAUUGACCCGGAGUGGCUCGAUGGAUCGCUCCCUGGAGACUACGGAUUUGACCCACUAGGUCUUGGAAAAGACCCAGCAUUCCUCAAAUGGUACCGAGAAGCUGAGCUGAUCCAUGGACGUUGGGCCAUGGCUGCUGUCGUCGGCAUCUUCGUCGGCCAAGCUUGGAGUGGCAUUCCAUGGUUCGAGGCAGGAGCUGACCCAGGUGCGAUAGCUCCAUUCUCUUUCGGCUCACUUCUUGGUACUCAGCUCAUCCUUAUGGGUUGGGUUGAAAGCAAGCGGUGGGUUGAUUUCUUCAACCCCCAAUCACAAUCAGUGGAAUGGGCAACUCCAUGGUCUAAGACCGCUGAGAACUUCGCCAACGCCACAGGUGAGCAAGGGUACCCAGGAGGCAAGUUCUUUGACCCAUUGGGGCUAGCAGGAACCAUCCAGAAUGGGGUCUACGUCCCUGAUAUUGACAAGCUCGAGAGACUUAAGCUUGCUGAGAUUAAGCAUGCUAGAAUUGCGAUGUUAGCCAUGUUGAUUUUCUACUUUGAGGCUGGCCAAGGAAAGACACCCCUUGGUGCUCUUGGAUUGUAAAAGAAAACUUUAAGGAUCUGUUUGGAUGUAGAUAACUGAGUUAUGUCUUGGACGUAAGGAGAGUUGAGCAAGAAAAAAAACUGGAAAUGAUGUUUGUUGAGCUGAUGAGUUCCCUCAAUAGUUCAAAAUUCUAAAGUAAAAUGUCUAAUGUUCAUUGAUUAAA